ACGUCCGUGGCCAGAGUUAUCUUUCAAAGGAAACGCUGCAUAGUGGCUUCCCUUGUGUUGCCGUCAUGAAGCGUCAAAGCUCGCGGUCAUCGGCAAGGAAAAAAGUCGACAGAACUGUUACAAAGAAAUGUCCAAAAUGCACUCAGGAGUGUCCAGUUGCAAGAAAGUCUUGUACUUGUGGUUACCAGUUUCCUACUCGCACGCGCAAUGUUCAGUCCAAAGCUCUGAGUGAGGCAGCUACAAAAGCUGAGGAUCCAGAACUGAUUGAAACCAAGCGACGAAGAUUUCGUACCAAACGAAUGCGUCCAGAUUUCUUUAAUCCUCUUGAUGUAGAGUACUCUUCACGCAGGCGUUCACGUAGCACGUCAGAAGUGAAGAGAAAGAGAGGUCGACCUAAAGGUUCCAUAAAUAAACCCAAACCUGAGCCAGAGCCUAAACCAACACCUCCUCCAGAAGAUGACAACUUAUUUGGAAACGUUCCUCCAGAAAAGAUGCUACAUUUUCAAUAAUAUUGGCAGAGCUCAACAAUAAAAUUGGUAGACAAAAAUUUCAACCAUCAUAACACAUGAUUUAUGGAUUCUUCUCCUUGAAAUCAACUGAAAAGGUGCUGGUGAUAUGGGAGAGGGAAAGUUGGCAGGGAGACAGUUCAUUUGGAUGCAGCAAGGAUUUACAGACACCUGUCUCUGCACAUAUUCAUACGCCUUUUUAUGUGUAACCAAUAUGGGACUUUAUUUAGGUAUUUUUAUGAUUGAGAAUACAUGAGCAGCUUUGCAUGCCGAAAAUUAAGUCAUGUUCAUCAUAUACAUAUAUCAUGUUUUAUGCAAAUCAUUAACAAAGUGUACUCACAAAAAAAGUUCAUGAUGCACAGGAUGGUGCUUUUCCAUAUUUUGUAUUCUUGUUAUGUGAAAUAAUCAGAAACAAUUUUUCUGGGUAUAUUAUAUAAAGAAUUUUUAACCUUUCAUUCAACGGACAGCUGCAGCACCUUCCUGAGACCACUUUUAUUAACAUGGCUGAGGAUUUAAUUUCUGCCAUGGGGACUCAGUGAAAUGUGUCUGGUGUCGAAUUUGCAUCUGUUUGAUAAGCAGCGUGAUUUUUAAUGAGAUUAAAGUGAUAUUCCUUGUUCACA